AUGCAGUUCGAAUUCAAUGAAAAUGGCACAUUACCAAUCAUCCUUUCCCCUCUGCAGGAAACACCCAUCAUUGCCCCCAACCCAACCCAGCAAUCCUUUUCACUCUUACAAACCUCAUUCAUUAUUCCCUCUCCUUCAUCAUCACCAUCAUCGUAUUCUCUGCUUCAAUCCACAAUGGAGCCGUGUCCUUCCUCCAACGGGAACACGGUGAGUGGGUUCUACGCCAUGGUCAGCAGGGGCAUGGAGGAGCUCGACCGAUCGUUGCUGUCCAACAACAACGCCAUCUCCCUCCCCUUCCUCCAGCGCCUCCUCUCCCUCCUCCGAUCCUUCCACACGCACCUCACGCUCCUCGUCCACAGCCUCCACCUCCCCCUCGGCGACAAGUGGCUCGACGAGUACAUGGACGAAACCUCCAAGCUCUGGGAAACGUCCCACCUUCUCAAAAACGCCCUCUCCAACUUCGAACCCUUCUACUCCGCCGGAUUCUCCCUCGCCUCCUCCCUCCACGACUCCCUCCCCCACCUCUCCCCACAGGUCCCCUCUCUUUCUCCCUCUCCUCAAUUCACCUUCAACGUGCUUCACUCUGCUCUGCCCGACACCUUACUUUCCACAAUUCAUUCUAAUUUUGCGAUUCUUGAUGUAGUGAGGGCGAUAUCUGGGUGUAGAAGGGAGGCUCUGGGGUUGGAGGAGCAGAACCGUUCUUUGAUGGAGACGAGGAUUCCGACGUUGUGUUUACGUUUGGACGAGAGAGUGUCCGUGGAGUCGAAGCUGAACGGUUUCAACGGUUUCAGGGGAGUUCUGUAUGCAAUGAGGAAUGUGAGUUCGAUGUUGCUAAUGAUCUUGUUGCAUGGGUUGGUGUAUUGUUGGCCGGAGACGUCGGAGUUGGUGGUGGGAGGGUACGACGGGGGGCGGUUGUUUCUAGGGUCGGCGGUGAUGGUAUCGGUGGCGAGGCUACGGCAGAGGGUGGCGGCGGAGAUGGGCAGUGCUGAGUCGGGGAUAUUGUUGUACGAGUUCAGGAGGGCAAGGGUGGCGGUGGAGGAGCUGAGAGAGGAGUUUGAGAGGGAGGAGGGCGGUGUGAGGGAGAGAGUGGAGAGUGUUAGAAUGUGUUUUGGGGUCCUCAAAUCUGGCAUUGAGAACAUCAUUUGCCAGCUUGAUGAUUUCUUUGAUGAGAUUGUCGAGGGUAGGAAGAAGCUUUUGGAUUUUUGCAGUCAUAGGUAA